CGCCGAUGCCUCGCUCUUCGUUUUCUACCCACGCGCCGUGGAUUCCUAGAUGCAACCUGUGCAUGUCACAUCACUGUCCCUGUUUACCUACAAUGCUAAAUCUGUCUCGGGCCAGUGCUACUGAACGACUGUGAUUUAUUCACCGGUGACGAAGCCUCCCUCCGCCUAUUACAACAGCACAGAUGCUGAGGAAGGACCCAUGUCGAGACGAUGGCGCCGCUGCUCAACACGCUCGCGUCGCUGGACCAGUACCUGAAUACGCCGUCCCGAGCAGACGGAAUCCCAGCCGACCUGGAAGAUGAGCUGCGCAUGUACGGCUGCCAGAUGAUCCAGCAAGCUGGCGCACUGAUCAAACUACCGCAACGAGCGAUGGCGACAGCGCAAGUCCUCUUCCAGCGAUUCUGGUUUGUGACUUCCAUGCGCGCUUUCAGCAUACGCGAUGUCUGCACAGGCGCUCUCUUCCUCGCUACGAAACUCGAGGAAACGCCGGUCAGACUGCGAGACCUAAUCAAUGUUUUUGACUACCUUAUGCGCAGAGCGUUGCACUACUCCAAAUACAAUCCUGGCCCACGGCUAGCACCGCGACCGCAUGGCAAGCAAAGGGCGACUGAGGACGACCUUCCCGCGCAAGGGUCACGAGCGGCAGCAGUCCCGCCGUUCGUGUACAAGCCACAGGCGUACCACGCUCAAGAGUUCUACGAUGCCAAGGAUGCAAUGGUCAUUGCCGAAAUACAGAUUCUCAAGCGUCUCGGGUUCAACGUGCAAGUCAACCUGCCUUAUGCUACGAUGAUCAACUACCUCCAGCUGCUCGGCCUGACGGACACUCAUCGAUAUCCCGGCGUCGCUCAGCGGGCGUGGUCCUUUCUCAACGAUGCUCUACAGACCCCCGUCUACUGCCUCUUCCCGCCGCACAACAUCGCGUGCGCGGCGGUGUACCUCACCGCAAUUACCGCCCAGCCGCCCAUCAGUCUGCCGCAGGAGCCGGCACCAUGGCACGCACUGUUCGACGCGAGUGAGGGCGAGCUGCGCGCGAUCUGCGCGCACAUCCUGCGCCUGUACGACGAGCGUCCGGGCGAAGGGCUUGCUUCGCGCGUCAGGGAGGCGUGCGGCGGGAUGGCGGAGUUUAUGGACAAGCGGCAAGUGCGCGCUUGGAUACAGGAUAAUGCCACUGCGGCAGAUAGAGGAGAGGCACGAGGCAGCGAGGAGAAGGCGCGGCCUCCCGCACCGUGGGUGCUCAAGAGUGAGCCAAUCCGCUAUGACAGCGACGGUUAGACGAAGGAACCGGGGCUUUGGCAUAUGUAGCAAUAGGUGGCUUGCAAAAAAACGUGC